AUUCUUGUUAGCCACAGCCAAGCUUCAGCUGUAAUUUUUUAGUUAGAGCAAGAAGUACUUCGGAAAAUGGAAAAACGGGUGGCGAUCAUAGGGGCAGGAACCAGCGGCUUGCUCGCAUGCAAGUACAUGUUGCAGAAGGGUUUUAACACAACUGUUUUUGAAGCUAAAGAGAGCGUAGGAGGAUUAUGGACUCAUACUAUAGAGUCGACCAAGCUCCAAAAUGCCAAAGAAACCUACCAAUUUUCAGAUUUCCCUUGGCCUUCUUCAGUGCAAGAAGUGUUUCCUACUCACACUCAAGUGCUGAGGUAUCUUGAGUCCUAUGCUCAACACUUUGGCAUCAUUCCUUACAUUAAAUUCAACUCCAAAGUCAUCAACAUAGACUACGUUGGAGAGUCUUAUGAAGAGAUGGAGUCAUGGGAUCAUUGGGGUGGAACCGGAAAGCCUUUUGGCUCUAGAGGGAAAUGGCACAUUCUCGUACAAGACACUAAAUCUUGCUCCACAGAGGUGUACCAAUUUGAGUUUGUGGUUCUUUGUAUUGGAAGAUUCAGUGGUCUCCCAAAUAUACCAGAGUUCCCUCCAGAUCAAGGCCCAGAAGUCUUCAAUGGUAAGGUGAUUCAUUCCAUGGAUUACUCAGAUAUGGACAAGGUGAGUGCAGCAGAACUUAUCAGAAGAAAGAGAAUUGCAGUUGUUGGUUCAUUGAAAUCGGCAAUUGACAUUGCAGCAGAAUGCGCGAAUGCAAAUGGAGUUGAGUACCCUUGCACAUUGAUUCAGAGGACUGCUCACUGGUUUCUCCCCAGUGGCUCUUUGUGGGGUGUAAGCCUUGGCUUCUUGUGCUUCAGUCGCUUUUCAGAGCUGUUGGUUCAUAAGCCUGGUGAAACAUUCCCAUAUAAGUUUUUGGCAACCAUGCUUUCACCCUUGAGAUGGGGAGUCUCAAAAUUUGCUGAAAGCUAUCUUAGAUGGAAAUCCCCAUUAAAGAAAUAUGGAGUGAUACCUAAACAUAGCUUUCUUCAAGAUUUCUCUUCAUGUCGGAUUGGAAUGCUGCCUGAAAAAUUUUAUGACAAAGUGGAUGAGGGAAGCCUUGUCUUAAAGAAAUCACAAAGCUUUAGCUUCUAUAAAGAAGGUUUGAUCAUUAAUGGAGAAGAACCUCAGCAGCUAAAAGCAGAUCUUGUAAUUCUAGCCACAGGAUACAAGGGUGACCAAAAGCUUAAAAACAUGUUCGAAUCUCAAAUCUUCCGAAAGUACAUUGUUGGUUCAGCAACGUCAAUAGUUCCUCUCUAUAGGCAGAUUAUUCAUCCUCGGAUUCCACAAGUUGCAGUGAUAGGAUAUGCAGAGAGUUACUUCAAUUUGGGUACCUCUGAAAUUAGAUGUCAAUGGCUUGCACAUUUCCUCGAUGGGAAUCUUGAGCUGCCUAGAAUAAGAGACACGGAGAAGGAAAUCAUAUUGUGGGAAAAUAACAUAAAGCAAUAUGAUGGGAGAUAUUUUCGGAACACGGGUAUUGCGAGCUCUAAUAUUUGGUAUAAUGAUCAGUUGUGCAAAGACAUGGGAUGUAAGCAUAAAAGAAAGAAGGGAAUAUUUGCAGAGUAUUUUCAACCAUAUGGACCGUUGGAUUAUGCAGGUCUCCUCAGUAAAUGACAAGAAAUGAAGAUCAGAAAUAAAUAAACAAAUUUGCUAGCUUGAUGCAUGUGUCUCAUCCUCUCUUGUUCUUUUUUUUUUGUUUUUACUUGUAUUCAAUACCAAACAACUUGCAUAUUUGCUAAGCAAGCGUCUGUAUUUUUACCCUUUAAAAAUAUGUUCUCCGAACUCA